AUGAGCAACCUACCUCAGAAUCGAGAGGCGCACUACAACCCUGCGUCGCCUCAUUCGUCCAGUGGUGCAGCCGAUUCUUUCAAAGGCACCCCGGACACGCGACUCACAGCCUUCUCUCCUGACGACGGCUCCUCCAAGUCCUCCCGGGCAUUGCAGUCUCUGAACUUCGGCAACCGAGACAAUGGUCCCAUUCGUUUCGCGGUCUCCUCUCCGCGCUCGCGUGAGCUUCUGCGUUCGCGAGAGCUUCUGCGUUCGCGAGAGCUUCCGAGCUCAUUCUACCGCAACAAUCUGCAGCUCGAGAAGGACCCGUUCGUGUCGUCUUCGGCCACCGAUGUAGCCAGAUCGGCGCAGAAGCUAUCGCCAACGGCGUCGGUUUUCUCACCUUUCCCCACGCCCACCAUUACUCGCGGUUCAGCCUCAGAGCCGAUCGGUGCCCCGAGACCGGGCUCGAGAGAUCGUGGCCAGGUCCAAGUCCAGUCAUCUACAGACAAUGCCCAGCAGGUCAAGUUUGUCCACACCAGCCUGAGCACGGAUCUCGGCAUUUCGAGAUGCCUAGUUCUCUCCAUUUCCGGAGAUAGACUUGGUGCUGUCGAGGUCGGACACUAUUUAUCGGACCUAGAUUCGACAGGUACUCAAUUCGAGGGAGGCAGACAGAUCUGUGACGGUGGAGACCGGGUGUUUGUUCGUUUCGCCAAUAUCCGCGAUGCUUGCGCUGUGUUCUCAAACAUCACCCUUGGAUUCAACCGGAAUUGGUCUGCCAAUUACAUUGCCCCGCGCGAAUUCUCUCAGAUCGUGGAGCCCGCAUCCGGCCUUGUCACAGCUCACGAAGCACAGCUCUACCUGAACGUCUUUGCCACCCCUGCAUCCUUGCACGCGGACAUGCAGCAAUUGGAGGCCACCCUCAAGACCAUCCUACAGGAAGAGGGUGAUCUCUUUGCUUACAAGGCCCAGCCGACGUCCGGAGCAGAGGGCAGCAUCUACAGUGCCGUUGCGGAGUACUGUGACAAUGAUGUGUCCCUCCGUGCCAUCUCGAGAUUCAACAAUUUCAUAGUCGAGGGCGGAUUCCAGGUCUGCAUGGUGCUGUUCCGACCCGACAUUCCUUCGUUCGUCAAUGCAAUGCAAGGCAGUAUCGUCAGCCCUGCUCGAACUACAGCUGACGCAUCGGACUUGGUGGGAGGCUUUACCCGGAUGUCUAUGUCUUCAGGGCCGCAGUCGGUCAUGCAGUCCAUGCGCAAUACUCCAUUCAACACUCCGGCUCGAUCCCCUGGAUUCCACUUCCAGCCAUCUUACGGAAUGGUACCCGUUGUGUACCAAGUUCCCGUCAGCCCACCCUACGUAUUCGACCAGGUUCCCUCGCGUUGCCAGAGUGCUGCGAUGUCGUCCAGCGGCUAUCCCUUCCCAAUGAUGGCUCCAACUACUCCCUACACAUCACAUGAACUUAUGACCCCGCGUCAUUUGCAGCAGACAUACGGUCGACGACAGAAUGCCAUGCGAGUGGCUAGAUCCCCUUACUACCAGCAGUCCAAUCACCAUAACCAUGUCGACGUCAACCGAAUUCGGGAGGGCACCGAUGUUCGCACAACUAUUAUGUUGCGAAACAUACCCAACAAGGUUGACCAGGCGAUGUUGAAGAGAAUCGUUGACGAGUCCAGCUGGGGAAAAUACGACUUCAUGUACCUUCGCAUCGACUUCGCCAACGAUUGCAAUGUCGGUUACGCGUUCAUCAACUUCGUGGAUCCCUUGGACAUCAUCGAUUUCGUGAAUGCUCGAGGCAAUCAACGCUGGAAUUGCUUCAAGAGUGACAAGGUCGCCGAGAUCUCGUAUGCCACUAUCCAAGGCAAAGACUGCCUUGUCCAGAAGUUCCGCAACAGCUCUGUCAUGCUUGAAGCUCCCCAUUAUCGACCCAAGCUCUACUACACCUUGAACGGCCCAUGCCCCGAACUCUCUGGGAAUGAGGAGGCCUUCCCCGAGCCAGACAAUCAGUCAAAGAUGAAGAGAAGCUGCGAGAACGCGGAGCACGUUGGUCUCUUUACACCCAACGCUGGACAGCACUUCCGGGAUGAGCAACGUCGACGCCGCUCUCAGUUUGACCGUGGAACUCGACUAGCAGCACUCGAGGAAUUCGACUAUGAUGCAUCCUCGCAUCAAAGUCGGUACUCCCCGCAGUAA